GUGUGUGUCAACUCGAGAAGUUUUCGCGAAACUUUCUUUGUGAACAAUGUAACUUUGAAGCCUUUGUUGCUUCUGUCUACAUUGUUGUAGCUCGGAGUUGUGUGACAAAGCUCCAGCCUGGCUUUGCCAUGCAGCUGUAGGCUCUGUGCUCUCUUGGCGCAGGCGCGCUCCCUCCUCACAAAGCUCUACAUUGAGUGUAUGCAUUGUGUCUGAACUGCCGGCGAGCUUUAAAAAAUAUUAUACCAACAGCAGCAAUGUCGGGCAGGUCGGUCCGCGCAGAGACCAGGAGCAGAGCGAAAGAUGACAUCAAGCGUGUUAUGGCCGCUAUUGAGAAAGUACGAAAAUGGGAGAAAAAGUGGGUGACUGUGGGAGACACCUCUCUCCGAAUCUACAAGUGGGUCCCUGUGACAGAACCCAAGACCGAUGAUAGCAAGAACAAGAAGAAAGGCAAGGAUGACAAGUGUGGCUCAGAGGUGACGACCCCAGAGAACAGCUCUUCUCCUGGCAUGAUGGACAUGCACGACGACAACAGCAACCAGAGCUCCAUCGCCGACUCCUCCCCCGUGAAGCAGGAGAACAGCAGCAGCACCAGCCCCGCGCCCGAGCCCAUGGCGGUCUCCCAGGGAGACAGCAACGAAGCCAAAACCGACCACAGCCAGUCCCCGGCCAAGGACCAGCCUGGACAAGACAGCAAGACGGGCAAGAAUCCCCAUUUGUCAGAGAACCCAGCAGCCAGCUCAGACAAGACAGAAGCACAGCUUUCGGGAGAGAAAGAACCCCUCUCAGAAACGGACAGAGCCACUCAGGAAUCGGAAGAUGGACCCCCGCCUCCCAAGAGGGUAAAAACAGAGUCGGCCCAGGACUUUGAGGAGAGUUAAAGCGCCGAGCGUCGGCGGUUUCCUCCCCCCCUGUUCCGUUUCUUCCCCCCGGCGAGGCGGCCCGACGGCGCCUCCCUGGGGGUCCCAUAGCCCUGUCACUCCCCUCCCGCCGCCGCCGCCGCGAGAGACCGGCCCAGCACACGCCCGCCCUCCCGAAAAACACUGAAGCGCCGCACCUGUGAACCGCACCGCGGCCGCCCAGUCACCUCCUCCCCGCGUCGUCCUGCUCCUCCUCCCGUUGGGUUUUCUGUGAAAAGGGGUUGGUUUUCUCAGGAGGGUCAACGCACUGUUUAUAAAUGUCAAGAUCACCGUUGUUUGUGCUGCUGUAUUAUUAUUCUAAAUAUUAUUGUUAUUUUUUUUACAUUUUCUUUAUUUAACAACAACGACAGCAACAAAGACUAUUUAAAAGAAUGGUACAGGUCUUGAAUCUAGCUUUUCAUGUGAAGACCGUAGCUUGUAGCGUAGCUCCACUUCUGUCAUGCGCCUCCUGUUACCAAAACAGUGAUAAGCUGUGUUUAUUUUAUUGUGUUUUAUUUUUGUUUUAUCUUCCACACUUUGUUUUUAUAAGUGCCCUAUUUUUUAAUGAGGUUUUUAACUUUUACCCAUUGCAGCAAGUAUGCCUGAACAGAAGUGCCGAAACAAUUCUCGAUUGGGCCAUUUCCAAACUGUGAUGGUAAUUGAGGAUGGAUGUGUCAGGUCAUUUACAUGUUUUAAUGUGGGUUAAUUGCAACAGCAGGGCAAGAAAACAUCGUUUUCUCUACAUGAACUAUUGCUGUUAACAUUGAGCAUUCCUGCCUGAAACAGUGUGUCAAGUACAGAGCAUGACAUUUAGAUUUAAUUUACCUUCAAAGGGCAACAAACAUAGGUCAGUGGACUCUUUCUCUCUUGUAUAUAAUUGUAACCAUACUCCAAGGUAGCACCAGAUAGUAUGUCCUGAGAUCCUGCUCUGACAGGCACAUAGUCACAUUACUUCACAGAAGAAGUUUUAUUUUUAAAACAAUAUUAAAGCUCUAUGCUUUCUAAUCACAGUACUGGUUAUUUACUUGAGCUGUUAGUUUUUUUUUAUUUGUUUCGUUUAAAUAUGUAUAUUUGGAUUCCUGAUCAUUCUUUUUGGACUUAUUCACAUUUCAUAGGGAACAUUCCACUUGUACCUUAUGGUUUAGAGUAAAACAAAAUGGUAUAUAAGUGAAUCGUUUAACAAUAACAUGAGCAGCAUUGUAGACACUGUCAGAAUAUACUGUGUUAAAUGGUUGAUAUCUGACCCUUUUGGGUGUUGUAAAAGGGUAACCUCAGAGCAGCAUGCUGAAAAUCUGCACACCUGUCUCUCCUGAGUUGACUGGGUUGUUGACUGGGACCUCUGUGACAUCUGGGACAGUGCUCGGCACUGCACAGCUUUCGUGUCUUUGCUGGGAAAGUAAGCGUUCGGCCCCCGUCAAAGACAACGCAAAUGCAGGACUUUGUAAAUUGCUUUAUUUUUUUCUCUGUAGGAAAAUGAAAUUGCAAGGCAUUAUAUACUACCAAGGACUAGACAGCACUACAUUUUUGACCAUGUAUUAAAAACUCUCGAUGCAUUUGAACCAGUUGGCUCCGAUUGAUGUGAAAUACGUUGCCUGGUUUCUUGUCAUUCUGAUGUUGCUUCCUCUUGAGUUUCCAGAGGUUAGCCUGCAGAAGCUCAGGCUGCUUGGCACACACUUUAAAGUUCAGUGCAAAUCCUCCUGUCCUUCCGUGUGCUUCAGGUAUUUCUGUAAAGUCCCCACGGUGCUUAGUUAACGCUGACGGCUACAGCUUCUGUUGUCUUUACAAAUUAUAUAUAAGAAAACAAACAACUGGACUGUGAUGCAAGUUUAGAGCCAUCAAAUGAAAUGUCUGAUAGAAGGCAGCCUGGAAUCAGGGAUUUUUUUGUGCUGGAGUCGUAGGAUGAAAAACUGGAUUAAGGCUUUUCUUAAAAAAAAAAACACAAAAGCAGCAAGUUAUUGCAUUUGAUCAAUAUGCUAAUUUUAAUUAAAAAUGUGGAUCUGGUGAGAUGGUUCUGCAAAUACCUCAGUCACAGUCCAGAAGUGCUGGCACUUAGAUUAUAUAAUGUAUUAACUAGAAAUCAAACGGUUAUUUCUGCUUGAAAUACAGUUGUGUAGGAAUUUUAAUUUCAGAGAUGAACUUGUUGAGAUACCUUCUUCAUUUCAAGUUUGGCUAUCACCUUCAAUUGUUUACCUUUUCAAUUAGAUCCAUAGCAAGUUGUAAAACAAUAUAAUUUUUGGGACCAUUUUCUUUUUGCCUUCAAUAUAAUUGUGUGUGGGUUUGACUUAUUUAUUCCAUUCAGUAGUUGUUUUUUUCAUGUACAAUGGAUUUGUUUUAUUAAUAAAAAAGACACAAAACA